CGAGACUCGAAAAAUCAUUUGAGUCAAAUGUGUUGUAGAAACUAGUCGCUUGCGAAAUUACAAAAUUCGUAUAGAUUACGUGACAAGAAAGUGAUUAAAAGUCAAACAGUGAAGCUUUUUGAUAAAAUUUUGACACAAAUUGAGAUAAUCAAUCAUCAAGUAGAAAUCAGCAAAAAUGGAAUAUUUGACACUCGAUCAGCAACUUUUCGUAAAGCAACAAAAAGGAGAGAACACAGAUUGUUCCUUUGUCUUCAAAAUCACCACAGCAGAGGGAAUUGUGACUGAAAAAGUUAUCCAUGGACACAAAAUCGUUCUUUCCGUCGCUUCAAAGUACUUUGAGACCAACUUCAAAGCAGAAUGGGAUGGAAACAAACCGAUUCUUAUCACCUCAUUUGACUGGAUUUUAUUUGAUAAACUCAUCCGGGCGAUUUACCUGAGUGAAGUAACGUUUGAAACUUUGGAUGAAGCAAUCGAUAUCUACGCAGCUGCUCAUUUUUAUCAAAUAGAGCGCGUUCUUGAGCUUUUGCGAAAUGCGAUUCAAGAUUACUGUUUACAAAAAAAGAUUUUAGAAAUAUCGUCACUCGCCAAAAUUUCAUGGAAAUGCCAAGAUUACAAACUAAUGACCUUUGUAGUAAAAUGUUUUUGUGCCAAUACCGACAAAAUUAUCAAAAAUGAAGAUUUUAUGCGAUUUUCUAUUGAGGUUAUCAACUGGCUCUUUCAGUAUGACGACUUGUCGGCAAACGAAAAUGAUCUCUUAAAAGCUUUGGAGAAAUAUCUUGAAACCAACAAAGAUGUGACGAAAUCGAUGAUCAAACCAGCAACCGAAACAGUCCGUUUUCUCUCUCUUGAAGCCGAAGAAAUUGCAAAGACAACUUUAUUGACGCAACAAGAAAGGGACUUUUUAUUGGGAAAAAUCAACGUAAAUUUCACAAAUUUUACGAAAAACCGAAUCGGUAGAAAGAUCAAAAGUAUCUUUUCACAAUUACCUUCAGAAAUUCAGUGUGCUUUAAUUGAGAAGAUAUCGCUCGAUAAAUGCUGGGUUUGCAAGCAGUAUCACUCUGUUUUGAACUGUCAAGCAGCUAAAGGGAAAUAUCCAAUGUAUUCACGAAUUCACUCAUUUUUACAAGUAAAUUUAUUAGGACACUUAUCUUCAAAAAUUGACGAAUAUUCGCCUCAAAAUAUGAUCAAAAUUUUGAAAGAAUUUCAAAAAGUUUCUACAUCUCCCGGUUUUGCUUCAUUUGCCAAUAUUGAUGAACUAUUAAAAAGCUCUUAUGUUUUUCAUGAAUAAGGAUUACAUUAUAACUCUAACGUACUUCAAUUUGUUUAAUAAUAUUUUCUAACGAUUCCAAAAAAAAAAAACAAAUUUUUCUGACGAUCAGGAAAACAUUUUUUUUUUCAAUAAAAGAAGGAAGUUCAUUUACUCA